AUCAAAUAUGUCUGCGCCCAUAACUCAUGUGUCAUUCUAAAACUUUGAUUCAGGAUCCUGUCAAUUAUUUCUAGAUUUGAAGGGUGUCAGUGGGUCAUACACUUCCAUAAAAUGCUAAUACAUUUAAGCAAUGGGUAAAGUUAAGAAAAAGAAGUUUUCAGCUCCCAAACCUCGCCCAACUGGACUUCCAAGCGUUGGGGAAUGCGAGGCGGAGAUAGAACUUCAAGGAGAAGAUGUGCACUCUGCAACUCUACAAACAAUAGUUGAAAAAUUGCAAAGUCCUAAUGAAGAGAAUAGAGAAUGUGCUUGUACAGCAAUAGCUGGGCUGGCGUCACAUCCUGGUACACUGGCAGCCUUCCUAAAGCUCAAUGUUAUCAAGAUACUUGGCCCCCUGGUGUUAGAUCAUAGCUGGGAUAUACGCCACAGGGCUCUUGGUGCUCUAAGAAACCUAAGUGUUGAUGGAGAGGUGACUGUAUGUGAAGAGAUGGUAGCUAAAGAUGUACUCACUCCAGUGCUGGCACUUGUACAACAAUUUGGAAGUGGAGACCAAUUUUCAGAGAAGGAGACACAGCGGAGGAAGACAAUGAUAUGUGAAACAUACGCUCAUGCAUUCUAUCUGCUGCAGAAUUUGUGUGAAAACUGUACACAAGCAGUGACAACAUUCAGUAAUGGGCAGCUGAUUCCUGUGAUCUGUACUAUACUGGACUCAGAAUGUAGCACUGAGGAUCUUAAAUUGGCUGUUGUGGAGUUUUUGUAUACAGUAACAGAAGAUAAUACUGCUAUGUGCAGACCGGACUUAGUAGAAUGUGUUCACAGGAUUAUGUCCAAGUCAACUGACUCCUCUACAAGAGUGUUGAUGAAGACACUUGCUUCAGGUGUGCUUGUGAAUCUGGAAGGGAGUCGGCUGACAACAGCACGCGGUGACCUAGUUGUCCCUAUCGUAACCACCAUGUCAGAUGUUCUAGCUGUGAAUGUUGCUGCCAUGUUGACUGUUCAGGACAAUGACAUGACUGACACACCAGCUACCACAGAUACCAGUGAUGUCAAUGCAGGAACAGAAACUGAUACUGACAAAGAUGUUCUGAAACAAAAUAAUGCAGCAACGCUGGAGGAGAAGAGACUGUGUGAUAUAAAGAAUCUAUUAAAAGCUCAGAAAGUGGCACUGGAGGUGGUUGCAAAUUUAUGUUGUUCUGAUGAUGAGGAAUGGGAAGAUUUAAACAGCAGUGAAUCCAGUACAGAAGAAAGUGCUGAGACACCCAUGGAGGAAGAUAUAACAGAGGGGGAUAGUUCUGUUGUCCCAUUGUGUGUAUCCACAGAGUUACACACUGCAUAUGUGUCAUGUGGAAUUGUUGAAAAGGUGUUAGAGGCAGCCCAGCCCUUGGCAGCUGAGCAACUGCUAAUUUUACAAGAAAAUAAGAGUCUUCUGGAAAGAUUUCAGAGUAAGCAGACACAUGCGUUGCUAUGUUUAAACAAUUUAGUCAGUUCCUUAGAUACAGAGGCCCUGGGAGGGUGCCAAAAACUAUAUACUGUGUGGCAGGGCCUCCUUCAGCUUUCCACAUCACAAAAAAGUAUAGAGGAAGAGGAAGUAUUAGAAGCAGUAACAGCAGCUAUGAGGGCCGUGAUACAGAAACUAGCUGAGGCAGAUCCUUCCAAGUUUCAGGCAGUACAGCCGGUAGAUCUGCAGUUUAUGUAUGAAAUGUCUACUAAGUGCCAGUGGCCAGAGGUCAGGGUCAAUGCUAUACGUAUUGUAUCAACCAUAGGGGGUAUAUUGGCUCAGAAUCCAAACCCACAUCCAUUGCUCAAGGAUAUAGGAGUAUUACUCUUAGAGGUUGUAUGUAAGGACUCUGGAUUUAUGGAGUGGUAG